UAAAAUAUUACCAAGUCCUCCGAGGAGUAGGGAUGAUUUGUGUUAUUGCAACAGCUGACACCGAGAACAGAGCCAUUUUUGUUUGUGAGGAGCUUAACCGAGAGUCUUUGGGAUCGAAAUAGAAUGUACGAGGAAGACCAAGAUGUUGACGACAACGAAAGAUUGAUUCAAUGUCCUUAUGAAUCAAAACAUCGAGUAAAAGCGGCGGGGAUGAGCGACCAUCUAGUCAAAUGUAGAGAGAAGUUUUUAGACGAAGGCGAAAAGACCAAAUGUCCUUUCAAUCCCGAUCAUUUAAUCUUUGCCCAGGAAAUGGACUGCCACAAAAUGUUGUGCUCCGACAAAAAUGGCUUUACCAAGAAUUGUUUUGAUGAUGAAGUAAAAAUGAAAGAAUCCCAAGAAGAAGAAAUUGUGGCGAACGAGGCCACACAAACAGAAAUGAAACCCCAACUGAACGAACCGAGUCUCGAAGCGGAUGGAAAUUCGGAGAAAGCCGGAUGUGUGAGUGGGAAAAAAGUAGGCGGAAUUGAAGAGUUUUAUAGAACUGUGACUGACGAAGAAAAUCAAACAGUAUCGACAGAAAGCUGCGAGGAUUCAAUUCCAGAGAUCAAGACGUCGGGUGAAAAUCGCGGUAAAGAAGGCGAAAAUUUUGGGGAUAAUUCAGAAUGUGUGGUGUCACACAUGUACGGAUCCGAGCCACAGAACCACAAUAUACCAAUUGAAAAGCAAUUACCAGAGACGAACAGUGACACGGAAUCGUCGACCGAUGAAACUCUAUCAACCGGGGUUUCUACCGAAGGAGAACAAUUUGAUAGCCAAGAGAAAUCAUUCGACUACAAGAAGUAUGCGCCUUCAAAAGAAGAACGGGAUCAAUUUCUGAAGCUUAUCAGUCAACACAAGAAGGAAACUACUAGCCAAGAGUCGGAAAAAUAUGACAGUACAACACAGACAUAUCCUACGGCAUGGCCGCCUCAAUACUAUAUCACUCAACCAUACCAGGGAGUGGGAAUACCACAAUACCAGAACAUGCCAGCCAGCUACAUUACCGUCACCAACGGCUACCCUAUGAUGACAUCAGUACCACCACAGUCAGCAUAUCCUGCGGCAUACACAUUCCAGCCUGGGUAUGUACAACAGCCAGGCGUCAACUACGAGUAUGGUCCUUUGUACACUGGCAGACCAUACAGACCAAACUACAGACGCCGUAACUUCCAUAACAACCACUCAAACGGCCGAUACAACAGCAACCAUUAUGGUCACAACAACUACCAUAAUAACCAUUUCAAUAGCCAUGGUAGACAUAAUAGUUACAGCAGCCAUAAUAACCAUUAUAAUGGUUGUCAGAAUGGAAACGGGUACCACAGCUAUUACUACACUAGCUCUAACGACUCCCAUAGCCACGGCGAGACUGACUCCAACAGUUCAGGUCAGUCUGAUGUCAGCCUUGGAGAGGAAGCUAUCUGCAAUGGUAACACCCACUAUAGCACAAGUCGACGACAGCCACGCAAUAGCCGUAGGGUUUUCCCUCCCAAGAACCCCAUAAACCUGGUAAGAGUGGACAAUACUACCGUCACAGUGGAGAAAAUUGUCCAUGUGAUUGAUACAGAUGACGAGAGUCCACCAAGCUUGAACGGAGAUCUCUCAGGAUCUGACAUAUCCCCUGAACCACUGGAAGCCUUUGAAUUAAUGGAUGCAAAGAAGAAAACUGAGCGGGAAAAGCUUGGACGCAAGUUGAAAAAAAAGUUGUGUGAGAUCCAACAGCUUGAAGCUAAGAAGAAUUCUGGGGGGAAACUGGACUGUGAUCAGCUCAAGAAAUUGUCCAGGAAACGAGACUUGGAGGAGGAGCUUGCUUCUCUUAAUCUUGAUUGAUGAAAGUAUCUUCUUAGGAUUUAUUUCUUCGUCAGCAAGAGCUGGUUGACAGAACUGACAAGCACCAACACCGCCCUUUGCUUAGGUAGGGGAACUAUAAUACAUGGGAUAAUUAAAAGGGUGUGGUCUUGUUAUGGAGAUGUUAUCUCAUCUCUAUUGGUAUAUUAAACCCUUGUUCAUAUAAUUCACCGAUGACCUUAUUGAAAGGUCGUGUCACAAAAAUUAAGGUUUGUAUAGAUUCCAAAUUACCUAACAUCAGAAAAUUAUUUUAUUAAAUAGUAAGGAAUAUACGAAUAGGGUAAGCAAAGUGAUAUGCAACACUGACCAGCAAUUUGAUUACUACAUAGCUUGUAGUGACAAUUUCACGUUUAGCGAAGUUGAGAGUAAUUUGAAAAAAAAACCCGUUAGAUAUUGUUUGUUCACUUUUGCCUUCAAAUGCAUGGCACUCAAUUAUCUUUAGAUUAUUAUUAUUUUUCUAAGCAAAGGCAUCAGCAAAGUGUUUUAUCAUUGAUCUAGGCAUUAGAUGUCACUACAUCACAGUGUCUGCAUAGUGCCACAUCAUUAGCACAAAUUGAUCAGAAAGACGUAUCUAUAAUAUUGUGAUUUAUAGAGUUUUCUGAUAAAAAAAAGAGGGUAUGCUAUUAAUCGCCUCAUAUCAUUGCCUUUUCUUGGCAUUAAUUCGCUUCCUUUCAGAUUAAUGAACAUCUGAAAUUUAAUUGAAAUGAUUGGAGAUUGUUGCUUCAGGAGACAGCUACAUCAAAGACAUUAUCUAACAAACUUAGAGAUUAAAUUUAAAAAAAAAGAUGUUCCCAUAAAGACAAAACAGAUUGAAAUAAUUCCUGGAAGUAUGACAUUUAAACCCCGAAGAGGUCAUGAUAUGUGGAGGCGGUAUAUUUAUUAUCUAGGGGGGAUAUCACGUCAAGAAAAAAAGAAGCAAUGUAUAUUUCUAUUAUAAGAGUAAUAUAUGCAAAGAUAUUUAUUUAAGACUACCAUUAUUAUGCAUGUCUAGAACUGACCAUAUGAAAGGUUUACGGGGAUAUAUUAUAAUAUUUUAUUUGAUGGCGUCUCGCUUUUGUUUGUCUGAUGUGAAUACAAAGGGACACGAUUUCUUGAAUGAGAUUUCUCGAGAUUUUUCUCUGCCUCCCUUAUUCCUUUUCUCUGCCUCCCUUAUUUUUAUCCCAAGCGAGAAGUUAUACACUGAAAUUUGUAUAGCACACUGAAAUUUGAGGAAACACUGGCAGGAUUGUUUGCCCAGCAUUUGUGGCGUUGGUUCCACGCCAUACUGGGAGAUACCAGUGAAGUAAUUCGCCAAUAUUUCUUUUGUCUUUGUGUUCAGUUGAGUGAAGCGGUUCUAGUAAUGCCGAUCGAUGAGGCGCUAUCUUUUUUUUUUCAAAAUUUCUAAGUUCGCGUGUAAUUGGUCGGAAUAACAUUACUUUUAUAUAUGUGCUGUUCCCGGUUUAACUGUUACGACAACUCGGUCUGCCAAAGCAUCCUUUCUGUUGAGUUCACAUCAUGGCAAUUCAAAGCGUACGCCACCCAAAGAGUUUUAAGUUAUUCAAUCGGGUAAAUUCACGAAAAUUUUAUUUCAUCCAAUGAAACGACCACCGUACGUUAAUGUACUGAAAAAAUAAUCAAAUUUCACGUUAAAUGAAAAAAAAAAAGAACUUGUAAAGAAAUAUAGUUUGGCAUUAUAUUUGUCUAUUUCGACAUAGUCGGGAUAAGUGUUGUGGUGACAGAUAUUUAUUCUACUGGUAUUAAAUUAUUUCAGAUUGAAAUCGAAUUGGCAUAGAUAUUGAUAGUUGUAAUAUAAAGAUGUGUAUAGUAUUAUUUUGUCGUUAACGUGACACUGAACUGGACCGGACGCCUGCAGCGACCUGGCGACUUCAGUGAACACUUACUGUCAUCAGUGAUGCUCACGAUUCUAAUUUGAUUGACUGUGUCUGGCUAGCUCAAAUCCUAUUGGUUGAAUCUUUUUUUAUUAAUAACCAAUCAAUCGUAUAGCUUUUCCUAAAAGUCUUUUUUUCUGUAGCGGUAGCCAUUCAACAGUUGAUCGUUUCUGAUUGGCUCAUUUAUUUCGAUACCCUUUUUGAUUGGCUGCUUGGCUGUCAUUUGACUAGUUUGAAGCGACUGAUGACCGAAUGUGUUCACAUUAGCGCGAGUCAUAAGAUUGUAAAUAAAGAAAAAUGUGUGCAAUAUUUCAGGAUCUUUAAUAACUAAAAACUAAAAUCUUAAAACUAAUUUAUAAGAGACCUAUAAUAAUUAACUCAAAUUACAAUCCGUAAGAUAAUAAUUACCGAAAAUAAUCGGCAUUUUUUCUUUGAAUCUUCCAACCACAUUAUCAUUUUACCCUAUAAUUCCUGGAAUCGCUGCAUUUUUCUAAAUAAUUCAACAGAUCUUGUAUAGAUUUGUUGGUUGUAGUAAAUAAAAGAAGCAUUUUAAACAGUUCGUCUAGCACAAGUUACCGCUAUUCUCAUCGUCUUAUCAAGCUCAACUUGCAUAUACGCACACUAGUUCUCCAAUAAAACCGGAACACUAACCCUCCCCUCCCUUGUGAUUUGCUGUCAAACAAACGAAAGCAGUAAAAUAAAGAGCCCAUUUAACUUGUUUUUGCUUCCGUCGUCUUCGGAAACUUAGGUUGUCUAAUCUUAUCGUCGACUGGCAGAAAGGCGUAAGCCAGUGAGGCUGAUAAGGCGAUCGAGAUAAGCGUAUUGAUUACUGUACCAGGGAAGGGAGUAGUACACAAAUUAUUUUACCAUUCACUUUGUUAUCAUGUGAAGGAGUGAUAUAACGUGCAAAUAAAGACGAACACGAAAA